AGCACAUCGAAUCCACAGAGCUUUCUCGAUAAGUAUCAAAGUAGCCUGUGCUUAGACGUUAAACUGGCAGAUGACGCGAAAAAUCACAACAUAACCUCAAUGGAUUUGUUAAUAAUUUUUGUUUGAAUCAGGUUUACGAUUCGAAGCUUCCGGCCACGUACUCGCAUCUCACGUAUGAGACGCCUUCAUUACAGAUAAAAUUUUCCUGUGCUUAGAGGUUUUUAUAAAAUAUUCGGAAUUUAUGUGAUCAACUUUUAAAUAAUGGCACCAGAGUGUUCAUUUGUUCCUGUCAAACAAUUGCCGGAUAGUGAUCAAACCCGGGAAAUUCAAGAAGCUUUUAAAAAUGCGUUCGGAAAUGCAUCAGCAGAGUUUUAUGUGAGAGUCCCAGGAAGGGUAAACCUAAUAGGUGAACACAUAGACUAUUGCGGCUAUCCCGUAUGCCCAAUGGCACUAGAUCAGCACAUUUUACUGGCUGUAUUGACCACCAAUGACAACACCUUGGUGCUACAUAACACCGAUCCCAAAUUCAAGGACUUUGAAUGUAAUCUUGAAAACUUCGAGAUUUGCAUCGGCGAAGGAAAGCCUGAAUGGUACCAGUACUUCCUUUGCGGAGUGAAAGGCGUUCUCGAGUGCAAAGAAGAACCUACAUCGGAUAAUAGUCCAGUCGGAAUGAAAGUGGUUGUGAGCGGCAACAUUCCUCAUAGCGCUGGACUGUCGAGUAGCAGCGCUCUGGUUAGCGCGGCAGCACUGGCAACAGCGCGUGCUAAUAAACGCAAAUUCACAAAAGAAAAGUUGGCGGAAGUUUGCGCGACGUGUGAACGCUAUAUUGGAACUCAAGGCGGUGGAAUGGACCAGGCGAUAGCGUUUCUGGCCGAGGAAGGUGGUGCGAAGCUAAUCGAGUUCGCACCUCUUCGCUCCUCUGACGUAAAGCUACCAACCGGUGCAGUUUUCGUGAUAGCGCAUAGCUUGGCUAGCAUGAAUAAAGCCGCCACGUCCGAUUUUAACCGACGAGUAGUGGAAUGCCGGUUAGCUACAAAGCUCAUUGCAAAAAGAAAGGGGAAGCUACCAUGGCGAGAAAUCAAAAAUUUAUCCAAGGUUCAAAAAGCAUACGGCUUAACGCUGCCUGAGAUGAUUGCUAUGGUUGAAUCCACCUUGCACGAAAAACCUUAUAGCAAAGAAGAAGUAGCCGAAGAACUUGGAAUCACUGUAGAAGAAUUGGAGACUACGCUGCUUACUCCAAAUACUAGGAACGUUAGUGAGCUCAAAUUAAGACAGAGGGCGCUACACGUGUGUGAGGAAGCGCUGAGAGUGAAGGAAUUCCACGAGACGUGCCUGGAAAGCUCCAGGUCCGGCGAGGAGGAGACGUUAACGACGCUCGGUCGUCUGAUGUCCGAGAGCCAUCGAAGCCUUGACAGCCUUUACGAAUGCAGCCAUGCGAGGCUGAACGAAUUAGUGGACGCGUCCAAGGCGUACGUGUACGGAGCCCGGCUGACAGGAGCUGGUUGGGGAGGAUGCAUUGUUGCCUUGGUGAAAAAUGAAAAUCUUCUGGACUAUAUGGACCACCUGAAGAAGACAUACUACAAAAAAUACUGUUUCGGUGACGAUAUUGGCAAAUAUUUAUUUUCUACAUCGCCAAAGUCGGGUGCUUGUGUCUAUGUAUAAUUUUUAAAAAGUAUUCAGUAAAAAUAAGUCCUGAUACUCUACAAUGAUACAUACCAGUACAGCAUUUUUAAUCAUAUAUUUACUUUUCAUGAGGUUAUAGUGGAAUUAUAGUUUCGUUUAUACAAAUUAAUAAAUCUUACAAAAUCCUCCAGUUUUCUUUCAAAAUCCA